CCGCUCCUCCCACUGCUGAUUACUCAAGAACCGAACGACUUUUGACCCUCACAAGACUCCGUUGUUUUCAGUUACGGAAGAAGUUAGCAGGCCAGGUGUGUUGACAUUGAGAAGGGUAUCAAUAAUCUGUCAUAUUUUACAAGGAACACCAUCAUGUUGACCACCGCAAAGCGACUCGCCGACUUCGGAUACCGGGGGUUUUCUGCCUCGAUGAUGCUGUUGACACUCUACGGGGGAUACCUGUGUACCAUGCGGGGAUACCGCUACAUGAACAAGCAAAAAGAGCUGCAGGUAGCGGCAGAAAACCAAGCCGUGGAGGUCCUCAAGCCAUAGAGGACUGGAACUGAAUAGUUGGUCCACAAAAUCAUGGACAUUUCUGUUCCUCCCAUGGGACUUUUAUGUGAUAACUAUUUGGGUGUGGAAGUUUUGUGUGCCCAGAUGAGUAAAGGAGAAUCUACUCUUCAUUUACUGUCAAGUUCAUAAUUUGUCUGCUAAAAGAAGGGGCAGAGGACUGGAGUUGACUGAAAAAUGGGUCGAGUCCUUCCAGCUUAAACUAAAUGUCAAAUCAGUCUCUUAUCAUAACUUGCUCGGAUCAUACUGAAUCAUAGUUUGUGUGGUGGGAUCUUCAAGGUUAUGUACCAACCGUUAAUAUGAAUAAAAACAUCUUACACAAAUAAA